AUGAUCGUCAAGGGAUUUACUGGCGGGCUGCUGCUUGUGCAGCUCGUCGCCGCUGUUUCUGGAAAGAGCACACCGCUAUACAAGGAUGCUAACGCACCUGUCGAGCAGCGAGUCAAGGAUCUGCUGGGCCGAAUGACAAUUGAUGAUAAGAUGGCUCAAUUGAUGCAAGGCGACAUCACAAAUUGGAUGAACCAAACGUCGGGUGCAUUCAACUACUCUGGGUUGGUGACAAACAUGGAGAUGAAAGCAGGCACCUUCUAUGGUAUUGUUGUCUUUGAAGCCUUCAAUUAUUUCCAAGGUUUCAUAUUAACAAUAUUUCUAGUCGGAUAUCCGGUUGCUUGGGAUUGGAUCGCGGACAAUAUCAAGAGGGCACAGGACUAUCUGCUUCAGAACACCACCCUUGGGAUUCCAGCUCUUGUCCAGUCAGAGGGGAUUCAUGGAUUCUUGGUCGGCAAUGCGACUAUCUUCAACUCACCAAUCGCAUAUGGAUGCUCUUGGAAUAAAGAGCUCGUUCAACAAAUGGGGCAGGUAAUUGCACGAGAAGCCCAAACUCUGGGUGUCAACCAGCUUUUCGCACCUGUGGUUGAUUUGGCUCGCGAGCUUCGCUAUGGACGAGUCGAAGAAACCUUCUCAGAAGACUCAUACCUUGCCGGAGAAAUUGGUUAUAGCUAUGUGAAGGGUUUGCAGAGCAAGAACGUCUCGUCAAUGGUUAAGCAUUUCGCGGGAUUCAGCAACCCCGAACAAGGUUUAAACACUGGACCAGUUCAUGGAGGCGAAAGAGAGCUGCGAACGACCUGGCUGCCGUCAUUCAAGCGAGCCAUCAUCGAUGCCGGUGCCUGGUCCAUCAUGGCAGCAUAUCAUUCAUACGACGGAAUUCCAGCGGUUUCCGACUACCACACUCUCACUGAAAUCCUGCGAGAGGAAUGGGGCUACGACUAUUUUGUUAUGACAGAUGCCGGCGGAAGCGACAGAUUAUGCAGCUACUUCAAGCUUUGUGAGAGUAAACCGCUUGAUAUGGCUUCCGUUACCGAGCAACUUUUAACGGCCGGGAUUGACGUUGAAAUGGGAGGCGGUUCUUUCAACUUCCAAAAGAUCCCCGAGCUGGUGAAGUCUGGUAAGCUUGACAUUGACACGGUAAACACGGCUGUGUCUCGACUACUUCGCGUCAAGUUUGAAAUGGGCCUCUUCGAGAACCCGUAUCCUGCCGCGCCAGAAACUAAAUGGCAUAGCCUGAUCAACAAUGCUGAAGCCAAACAGCUUGCUAGAGAUCUGGACAAGGAAUCGAUUGUGCUCUUGGAAAAUCAUAAGGAGACUCUCCCCUUGAAGAAAUCCGGCAGCAUUGCUGUAAUCGGACCAAUGGCACACGGGUUCAUGAAUUACGGAGACUAUGUUGUAUAUCAAAGUCAAUAUCGAGGCGUCACUCCACUUGAUGGUAUCAAGGCCGCAGUUGGUGGCAACGCUCAGAUCAACUAUGCCCAAGGAUGUGAACGGUGGAGCAACGAUGAGGCAGGGUUCGACGAGGCUGUCGAAGCCGCGAAGAAAUCCGACGUUGCCGUUGUUGUUGUCGGAACAUGGUCCAGGGAUCAAAUGCAGCUCUGGCAGGGCUUGAAUGCAACAACCGGUGAACAUGUUGACGAAGACGACCUGGCCCUAGUAGGCGCACAGGGCCCGCUCAUCAAAGCCAUUGUUGACACCGGCGUGCCGACCGUUGUCGUUCUCUCCAGCGGCAAGCCUGUCACCGACACCUGGCUCUCCAACACGACCUCCGCCCUGGUUCAGCAGUUCUAUCCAUCUGAGCAAGGCGGCAAUGCGCUUGCCGAUGUCUUGUUUGGUGACUAUAAUCCUUCUGGAAAGCUAUCGGUUAGCUUCCCCCGCUAUGUCGGCGAUCUUCCCAUUUUCUACGAUUACCUGAAUUCGGGCCGCUCAAUUGGGGAUUCGGGCUACGAAGCUAGCAACGGGACCCUCGUGUUCGGGCACCAAUACGUUCUCGGCAAUCCACUUCCGUGGUAUCCCUUCGGCUACGGGAAGAGCUACUCUACGUUCGAGUACGGAUCGGUCAGCGUCGAUCGCAGCACUAUCUCUGCUUCAGACAGCAGCGUUACGGUCAGCGUCGAUGUGACAAACACCGACAAGAGCCGGGACGGCACAGAGGUUGUCCAGGUCUAUGUCUCCGAUGACAUUGCUUCGGUGGUUGUUCCCAACCGCGCACUGAAGGGAUUUGAGAAGGUUGUGAUUCCGGCCGGAAAGACCAAGACUGUCAAGAUUCCCAUUCGAAUUGAGGACAUUGGUUUGUGGAACACUCGUAUGCAGUACGUUGUUGAGCCCGGCAACUUCACCGUGUUGGUUGGCAGCAGUUCGGAGGAUAUCAGGGGAAACACUACAUUUACUGUGCGGUAG